AUGUCUCGCGCCUCGAAGAUGACGCUGCUGGGCAGCUCGCUAUUUGCGCUCAGCACCGUGGUGUUUGUGCACUUCCAGCAAAAAUACGAACAAGAGGCCAUGCACCAAGGCGUCAUCCGCGACAUGGAACAGCAGCGAGUCAAACGAGAGCGCCAGGCAGACUUUGACAUGCAACGCGAGCUCGAGGCGCAGUACAAACUCGAACAGACAGUGCGCAAUGGUAGUGUUGUAGAGGCAGCACCAGGACUUGGCUCGGGGGCUGGGAAGUAA